AUGACUCUAGCCUGGAGACACUUGCCAAGAACUCUGCGCCUGGAGACUCCCUCUCGCAGGGCACCCACGACAUGCCCUUCCCUGAGCGUAGGUCCUUUCUGGACAUCUGUAACCAAGCUCGGUCUUCAUACGAAGCCCAGAAUGCCUCCAUGUGACUUCACACCUGAAAAAUACCAGUCCCUUCCCUACCGCCGUGUCCUGGAGAUCUACCAGCAACACCUCUCCCCCAUGCAGACAGCGUACUUCCCACAGCCUCUGCUGCUCCACCAGGGUCACAUGGAGUGGCUAUUUGAUCACGAGGGAAACAGAUACCUGGACUUCUUUUCUGGGAUUGUCACUAUCAGUGUUGGUCACUGCCACCCGAAGGUAAACGCAGCGGCAGGAAAGCAGCUCGGCCGCCUGUGGCACACGAGUGCCGUCUUCUUCCACCCCCAGAUCCAUGAAUACGCAGAGAAGCUUUCCGCGCUCCUUCCUGAACCCCUAAAGGUCAUUUUCUUGACAAACAGUGGUUCAGAAGCCAACGACCUAGCCAUGCUGAUGGCCAGAGCACAUUCAAAGAACACACACAUCAUUUCUUUCAGAGGAGCCUACCAUGGAAGCAGUCCUCACACACAUGACUUGUCAAACGUAGGGCCAUUCAAGAUGACACUCCCUGGUGGGGUGGGCUGCCAAUCAACAAUGUGCCCAGAUGUUUUCCGUGGCCCGUGGGGAGGAAGCCACUGCCGAGAUUCUCCAGUACAAACAAUUAGGAAAUGCAGCUGUGCACCAGACUGCUGCCAAGCUAAAGACCAAUACAUCGAACAGUUCAAAGAUACUCUGAACACUUCUGUGGCCAAAUCAAUUGCUGGAUUUUUUGCAGAACCAAUUCAAGGGGUGAAUGGGGUGGUUCAGUACCCGAAGGGGUUUCUGAAAGAAGCCUUCGAGCUGGUGCGCGAGCGAGGAGGCGUGUGCAUUGCGGACGAAGUGCAGACGGGAUUCGGAAGGCUGGGCUCUCACUUCUGGGGCUUCGAAACGCACGGCGUCCUGCCAGACAUCGUCACCAUGGCGAAAGGGAUUGGGAAUGGCUUUCCCAUGGCCGCAGUGGUGACAACGGCAGAGAUUGCCAAGUCUCUGGCUAAAUGCGUGUUGCACUUCAACACCUUCGGAGGGAACCCCAUGGCCUGUUCCAUUGGCUCAGCCGUGCUUGAGGUGAUUAAAGAAGAAAAUCUGCAGGAAAACAGUCGAGAAGUUGGCACGUACAUGCUACUGAAGUUUGCCAAGCUGCGGGACGAAUUUGAAAUUAUCGGAGACGUCCGAGGCAAAGGCCUCAUGAUAGGAAUAGAAAUGGUGAAGGAUAAGACGAGCCGCCAGCCUCUUCCUCGUGAAGAAGUAAAUCAGAUCCACGAGGAUUGCAGACACAUGGGACUUCUGGUUGGCAGAGGUGGCGUUUUUUCUCAGACAUUCCGCGUUGUGCCCCCACUAUGCGUCACGAAGCCAGAAGUUGACUUUGCAGUGGAAGUUUUUCGGGCUGCGGUGAUCCAACACAUGGAAAGGAGAGCUAAAUAAAAGCUCAGAUAUAAAACCCACAUGCCUCA